AUGUUGACACAAAAGACAACUACAAAUAUACUGUCAUGGUGUAGGAAAGGUUUGAAUAGUGGUAGCUACAUCAGACUCAUUACAACAACAAAUAAUACUAGAUCAGCUUCAUCAUCAACAUAUAAUCAAUGUUGUCAAUAUAGCUAUCAAAGUCAAUCAUCUAGGUCGAUAGAAUUAAUCAGUAACAUUAAGAAUAAUAAUAAUAAUAAUACUUGUACCAAGAAUAAUAAUAAUAAACAUAGUCGAUAUUUUACUACUUCAACUUCAACUGCAUUACCGCCAUCAUCAUCUCAGAACACGCAACAACAAGGAAGUUUUGAAUUAUUCAAUAGUGAUCAAGAAUUUGUAGGGGAUGGAGAACCAAGUCAUCCAAUUUUAGAAAAGUAUCCUUCACCUGUUCAAUUGACUAGAUACCUCUCAUCAACAUUUGUUGAUCCUAAAACAAACAAACUUGAUAGUCAAAGUUUAAUAAAUUCAUUAAAGAAUGAUAAUGUAUAUUAUGAAAGUCCAAAAUAUGUAUAUUAUAUUAAUCAAUGGUUACAAAAGAUAGGUUGUAGAGAUCUUGAAAUCUAUCAAUCCAUAUCAGAGAUAUUAUAUAAAUCACAGAGAAAUAAGAUGUUGUGGCAUAUGUCACGUGCACUGACUAGAAAACGAUUGGUUAAUAUCGAUUUAUUGACAUUGUUUCUAAAGUUUGCUUUGGAUACAAAUGAAGAGACAAAAGCAAAAAAUUUCUAUGGACUUUUGGUAGAAUACAAAGAACAAUAUAAAAGUAAAUUCACAAUUGAUACAUACAUACAGGUGGUACGAUUAAAUAGAAUGGAACUACAAAAGGUUAAUCGUAUAGAGGCAGAGGUCGAUUAUGAAGGACUGUCUAAAUGGGGCCCUUUUAAUGCUGCCAUUAUUCAAGUGUUGGUCAAUGAAAAUCACAAUGUUGGACGUGCCAUCAAAAUCUAUGAAAAGGAGAGACAACACGCACAACUCUCCAAUACCAAGGUGGAUACUAGUAUUUUCGAGGCAAUGUUGGUUGGGUUCUCCCGUAUCAAGCGAUUCGACCUUUACGAUCAGUAUUGGGCCGAGAUGGAGAGACAUGGCGUCGAACCAACCAUUUUAAUGGCAUCGUCGGCACUUCUAAAGAUCGAGACGGUCGAUCAGAUCAACUCGUUUUACAAGGUGCUCACUGAAAACUAUCCCAAGAUUGCCUACAACAAUUUCGUGCUCACUGCACUCGUCAAUGCCUAUAUCAGUCGCACACCCGACUACCAGAUCGACACGAUGAAGAAUUUUAUCAGUUUUCUCUUUGCAGAGAUUAUCCGUAUACGCGAGCCAGACAUGACCAAGGCAGAGUUGCACAAAUCCCUCUUUGACCUCUACCACAAUGUCAUUGGUAUAUGUAUGCAUCGCAAAGGGUAUGCGACGUGGUGUCUAGAAGAGGUGUUUCAUCUCUUUGCAUCAGAACACACCAAUGUCGAGAUACCCCAUCAUCUCUUGAGCAAGGCACUCUAUGUCUCUUGUAGAAUACGUAAUCACGAACUAUUGAAAAAGGCACUCGAGAUUACAAGACAAAGGACACCUCGACUCAAAUGGUCAAUCUAUGGAGACACAAUCCAAUAUCUCUUGCUCACUGGCCAACACCAAGAGAUUGAAAAGAUUAUCGAGUUGGCCGAAUCCAAAGAGUCGGCAGAUGUCGAUCUCCGUCUCAUCCCCGACCUACUCGCCUUCUUUGAACUCGAUCAAGCAAGACUACAAAAGUAUGGCACCCUAUUCACCAAAUACCUUGCCAUAUUGCGAGCCACCGAUCGCUCUUUAUACGAUCAAUCGGUUCAUCGAAUCAUUGAAACCAAUCUAUUGCUAAGUAGAGAAUCACAUGCUCUCAAAUGGUUUGAAGAAAAUGAAAUCAAUCAAUCAACACUCAAAACACUCAGUCUAUUUAUGGAAUACUAUAAACUUAAGGGUAUAUCAAACAAGGAAAAGGCUUGGGCUCAUAGAGUCAAGGAAACUGGUUUACGUUUUGAUCAAAAGAAACCAAUAGAUUCAUCUUUUGGUGCAAAAUGGUAUACAAGAAAUUUAUCAAUAGUUGGUGAAAAGAAAUAA